UCAGCCUGUCGGAUUCGGCACACCGCGUAGCAGCCGAUCUCGAGCUGGCAAGCAAAAGGCGCACGGCACACCGCCGCUGCACGCUAACCCAGGCCAGAUGACAGCACCGGCGGUGCCCGCGUUCUCGCCGAUAGCGUUGACUCCCAUGGACGCAAACACCUUCCAGACGAGAGGCCCGCAGACAGGGCCCAUGGAGACCUCGCCCAUGGACAUAACUCCACAGGGAUCCACCGUGACUGCCGGCGCCGGUGCAGCCAAUAUCUUCUCCAUCUCGCCUCUUGUUGGCAGCGUCGGGGCAAGCAGCGCCCAGGCCGCUGCCGCCGCCCCUGUCGGUGCUAAUGGAGCCUCUAUCAGCCCCGCCCCCUUCAUGAACUUCACGAGACUGCCGUCUGAGGCUGCUGCCCCAGUGCCCAACUUCGCCGCAGCUGGUGCCCCCGCACCCACAGCUGCCACAGCCGCACCUGUGGCGGUUUCCAUACCAGCCUUUGGCGCUCCUCGCAGCAGCUCUGCGGGCAGCGGUGCCCCAACACAAGCCGCCCCGCACCCGCCCGCUGCCACCGGCGCCCCGGGAGGCCCCGGCAUUGGCUUGAGGUUCCCAAUCCAAAUCCAGAUUCCCGGCGCACGUGAAGUCCAAGACUUGUUCUCUUCAGCCGCGGCGUCUGCGUCUUCGGGUGGUUCAGGCCUUGCUGGGUCCAGAGGCACCGGGCUUCCUGCGGGAACUGCAACUCUUGCUGCAGGCCAGGCUAGCAUGCCGGCCGGCGGAUGGCAGGCGGCAGCCGCGAAGAAGGCCCAUGAUGCCAGCGUUGGUAGCAGCUCUCUUGCUGGAGGUGUCGGCGGUGCGAACCCUGGCCUCGGCGGCAACGAUUGCCAGCCCGCAAAGGAUAAUGCGCUCAAAUUGGCCCGAGCAGCCAGCGAUAGCUCUGCUACGGGCAACGCUGCCAGCGCAGCCGCGGCAUCGGCGCCCGUUGGCCCCGUGCCGGGAGCUACAGCCACUGGUCCAAUUCCAGGCCCUGCAUCGGCCCCGGGUGCAGCAACCGUAGCCGCAAGCUCUGCGGCCGUGCCGACGGGGCCAGCCGCCGCCGCCUCGGCGAGCAUCCCUGCUGCAGCGGACCCCGCACUCUUAGCUGCAGUGGCGGAGCAGUUCGAGGCAAUGGCUCGUAAGGCCCGGGAAGCAGCAGCCGCGGUGGCCGCAGCGCGCGCCAACGGUCAGGAAGCUGCUCCUGCGACGGGCGUUGUGGCGGAGGCUAUCCCAGCUGUGCCGCCUGCGAUACUUGAGAUGAUGAUGCGGCCUGGCGUGACGGACAAGGCAGCCUCAGCGGCGACUGCAGGUGCUGCCCCGGAUGCGGUGCCUACACUUGCGGCCGCGGUCGCGUCCAUGAUUGGCGGCAUCGGGGCGCUGAAGGUGGAGGACGCGCAGUCGGGAGCGCCGAGCGCGGGCCCAUCUGGGUCCGCUAGCACGUCAGCUGGCGGCAUGGGCAGCGGUCCAGUGGGCACAUCCGGAGCAUCGGCAGCCGCAGCUCCCGCAAUGCCCUUUGUGUUUGGCGCUGGCAGCAGCUCAGGGGGCGGCGGCGUGUCGACCCCACCCAAGGUCUUUGGAGGGGCCGCACCGCCGCCACCCGUCGUGCCCUUUGUGUUCAAGGCAGGAAGCCCCGGGCCGGCGUCCGCCGGUGGCGCCUCGUCGUCUGGAGUGCAUGGGGCCGGGACGUCGGCACCUUUUGCAGCCUCGAGGAGCGGCUCGAGCGCUGGCAGCGGUAGUUUUGGCGGGAUGGCAGCACCCUCCGUUCCCUUCAUGUUUGGCGCCACACCGCCGCCCACGCAGCCAGCUGCCUCGACCGGGCAACCGUCGGCUGCGUCUGCGGGCGCUCGGUCGCAGGCCGGGCCAUCUCCCAUGUCGACAACUCCCAUGCAGCAGCCGAAUUUCCAGGCACAGCCGCAACCCACGUCCUUUAAUUUCUCAGCUGGCAGCAGCAGCAGCGCCGGCGGUGGUGGCGGCACUUGCGACAGAGGUAGCGGGUCCGCAGCGUCACCCGGUUUGGCGGGGGUUGGGAGCCAUUCUAACAGGACUGCUUUUCCGAGGACACGCGCCAAGGUCACGCCGCGGAAGAGCGCUCGCCCCACAUCCGCGCCAGCUGAGGGAUUGUUCGCUGGUGCUGCUGCUGCGGGUGUCCCCGCUGGCGGGGCGGCCCGGGCGGCUCCCGGCGUGACACACUCGGAACGGCCAGCAGCACACUCGCACCCGCAUGCACAGCAGCCGCAGCCUCAAGCGCAACCACAGCAGCAACCAGUGAGGACAGGCGGUUUGCUUGGAGACGGCGUGGACACGAUUGCGGCAAAGGCUGUCCAGCUGAAACGGACUGCGGAUGAUAAGAAGACGUACGGCAAUCAAAAGUACGAGCAAAGCGACUUCAGGGCUGCGGAGCGGUGGUACACGGAGGCCAUCGAGGUCCUGGAGCAGCAGCUGCAGACGCUUCCGCUGCCCCGGGAGAAGAUGCAGUCGUUGUUCCCGACGCUCAAAACCGAGAUUGCCGUGCUGUACAGCAACAGGUCGGGUGCGCGCCUCAUGACCAACAAGCCGCAAUCGGCGCUGGAGGACGCGCUGCGAGCCAUGGCCCUGGACCCCAAGUUCAUGCGGGCCGCCUCCCGCGCUGCCACCUGCCACUGCAGGCUGGGCGAUUUCGCCGCCGCCCACCGCAUCAUUGACGCGGCCAUGGACCGCUGCUCGGCCUCCUCGGCACACUACCAGGACAUGCUGAAGAAGCUCAAUGAGGUGGUGGAGUUGGCGUCCAGAUCACGCGCGGUGACAGCGACUGCCGUGGCGGCGGUGGCUGCCGGCUCCCGGGAGAAGCUACAGGAGGCGCUAGACCAGCUGACAGCCCUAAAAGACCAGGUGGCCUACUGCGACGUGGUGGCUGCUGCCCGCGCGGUCGUGUCGCUGCGGCUGGGCGCCUUCAAGGACUGCCUGGCGCUGGUGUCGCCGCACCCCGAGGUGCCGCCGCAGCAGCGGGCAGCACCCUGGCGCCUCUGGCUCACUGUGCAGGCCAGGUACUUCCGAGGGGACCUGCAGGAUGCGUUGACCACCUGUCGGGAGCUGCAGCUAGCGCUGGAGGCCGCUGCCGCAUCCGGCGCUGACUCCAAGGCGACGCAGGCCGCUGAACCGCCGCCCACCUCGCCCGGCGGCACGCCCCAGUCGGCGGCGGCGGCGGCCGCCUACGCCACGUCAGCCCACGUGACGGUGCCGCCGCCCGCCGCUCUGGCGGAACUGGCGGAGACCAUCCAGCAGCAGCUGAAGCUCAAGG